UUUCGCUCGCCACGCCGAGAACUGUCAAACGGUUUGUUUACAACGUCUAACAAUAAACGUGCUCGCGUGCUGUGCGUGCUGCCGGCAUCGAAUUGGUUACAUUUUUGUGUUAUAAAGAAGUAAUUUGCCUGUUAAAACCGAUAAAACAUACAUUCUGCUGAGUUGUGGCGUUCGUUGAAUCUUUAUUUAUACGGAAAACAAAAUGGUGGAUGUAGAGCAACCGGUCGAUGUGAUGGAAGAGCCGCAGAAACGUAUACCGGCGAAAUUUCGAAAAGAAUUCGAAGACAGUACCGACAGUGAGGCCAGCUUCACCGAUGAGGAUGAUUCGGAUGAGGAGCUACGACAAGCCUUCCUUCGCAACGAGCUCAAACCGGGUCUAAACGUGAUAGUGCGCGAAGAAAAGCAACCGGUGAACGAUGCGAUACAGCUAAAAGCAGCUCUCGAAUCGUGCGUCCUCAAAGUCCCAUGGCUCGAGCGUAUGGAUCUGGUGAACGAUUUGGCACCGCUCACACCCGAGCUUGCGAUACAAAUCGAAAAGCACGAGCAGAAGCGCGUAAACCAAUUCAAGGGCAACCGAAAGAUACCGUACGUCGCGCCCGAAGCCGAUACCGUGCUGAACGACUUCAAGCGCGAAAUUGUGUUCCACCGGCAGGCCCAGGCCGCCACCAUCGAGGGCAUCCGGAAGCUGCACGACCUUGGCAUCGCGACCAAGCGGCCCGACGAUUAUUUCGCCGAGAUGGCCAAAUCGGACGAACACAUGCAGCGCAUCCGGAAGGUGUUGCUCGACAAGCAGGAAGGUAUCGCGAAGUCGGAACGCAUUCGGCAGCUACGCGAGCAGCGCCGUAUCGGCAAGCUGAUACAGCGCCAGGCGACGGAGAAGCGGGACGAGGAGCGUAGGAAAAUGUUGGGCGACAUUAAGAAGUUCCGCAAGGGUAAGCUGUCCAACCUUGACUUCCUGGACGAUGAUGACGGGCCGCGGGGUGAGUUCCGGAAGUCGGGUAAAGCGCCGGGCAAGGGUAAGAAGGGUAAGACGGUGAGCGGAAAGCGGAAGGCGCGUGAUGCGAAGUUUGGUUUCGGUGGACGGAAGAAGGGCAUGAAGCAGAACACAAAGGAAUCGUGCAUUAAUGAUGGCCGCCGUUGGAACAAGGGUGGAGCGGGUGGUGGUGGCGGAAAGGGUGCGAAGGGUGGCAAAGCGGGCGCCAAAAGCCGGCCGGGAAAAUCGCGCCGGGCACAGAUGAAGGGCGGUAAGGGUGGCGGACGUAAGAAGUGAGGGGAGCAAUGACACGAUUUAAUGUACAUUUAAUGUGUAUUCCGUAAGCCUUUUCUUCUCGCGUAUCAUAAAGAUUUUCUUCUUUCUGUUCUGAAAACAAAAUAAAAACAUAAAAUACAAAGGAAGACACGUGUUAGGGAAGCGGUUUAGCUUCAAGUUUUAUAAAAAGUAGAAUAACUUUUAUAUCUUUUUAGCAUAAAUAUUUUAAAUUUGAA